CACAAAAACAUUGGUUUCAAUAAAUUAAACCAAUAAUUGUGUUACUGUACUGUUUUAUAAGCUAUAAUCAUUCGAGUACGUAUUCGGAUAACGCUCUGUACUGUCAGUACAUGCUUAUGCGACAAAUACGGAGGUUAGUUCUGAACAGAGAAAAUCACUUAAUCAUUUCGGCAUCUUUUAUUUCCUUUGUGUCUCGGUUCUUUUCAGCAAUACAUCUCGUAAACAGAAUAUGAUUAACGGGUACCUCUAGGAAUUGCUUUGUUUAUAAGUUAAGAAUGAUGGCCAUUAAUUUUACUCCGUUAUUUCACGCGGCUAAUUCGCUUUUUAUAGUAACAACGAUCUCAACUAUAAUAGCGUCUUUGACAUCAUGAUGUAACGAUGUCAAACCGACUUCUAGAAAUUGCUUUAUUUUAUCAUUACAUCUGAAGUUUUUAGUUUUGUCUUAAUGCGGUGGGUCGUUUAAAUGUCACUAUAGGCGCUCAUUGUAAUGAAAAUGUUCUCCUUGAAAACAACGCACGGACCGUAACUGAAAUGUACACGAAAGGCCGUACACGAAGAUAUAUUGCCUUGCAAACCGCACUUUUACACUUCACUUAAACUGUUGCUUUUUUUCCCUCAGACAUGUCGGCCGGAUCUCUGUAUACAUCAUUCAUAUUUUAUAAGCAAAAACCCGGCCGCCAAAAUAACCUAUUAUGACAAAUCCAGAUCUCUUGGCGUUUGUUGUGCUGCAGGAGGGCGGGCUUCUUUCUAAAACACAAAAACUACCUGAAACGCCAUUGUACAACGCCAGCAAGGACAAAUCCGAUUGGCUCUUCAUAAAAAUUUUAACAGCUGGUAAUUCAACUGGUAGACCUCAAGGGACGUAAAGUUUAUGAGAAAUCGGUUCUUACACUAGAAUACACACACAAUCUUCAUUUCGCUCGCUCGCGAGAGUGAAAGAAGGUGUGCCAAAUAUCGUUUACUCGCACUCGCGGACUUUCACCUCCGUGAAGGAAAAAAAAACAUGGAGAAUCGUGUUGUCACGAGUGAGACUACGAGUCGCAGGACUAUGUCUAUGGUGGAAAGUUACAGUUCAGUGUCAUCCUCUUACAACACGAAUAGUGAACCUUUGGCAGUCUUGGGCGAAGAUGUUACCAUGAAACAGCUUGCUACAGCCAGAGAAACGUUCAGCGACUUGGAAACUGCUUAUCGAAAGUUCAAGUUGGAACUGGAAAACGUGAAAGAGGAGCAUCGAAAUGAGGUCGAUAAGUUACGUUCACAAAUCGACAAUCUUCAAAAACAGAAAGCUCAUCUGCAGGAACAGUUGAAAGAUUCUCGCACUGACGCGAAAAAACACCAGGACGAGCUAAUCCGCGUUCAGCGAAAGUUGACCGAGAAGGAAUGGGAGUACGAUGCAUUGCAAAAGGAUUUCGACUUGCAAAGAGAAAUUAUUCGAAAACUGCGAGAGGAGAAAGCUUCUCUUGAAAAGGAAAACGACGAUCUGAGGCGAGAACUGUCCUCCAGCCAAGCGCUGGUGCCGUCGUCUGGAGGAAGGAAAGAUGAGAGCGACGAACUCGUGGCUGUACGACAGGAGAUUACGGAAUGGGAAACAAGCUAUAAAUUCAUUCACAAAGAAAAGGAAGAUUUACAGGAAGAAAUGUUGUCUCUCCAGAAUAAGCUGAAUGAUUUGCAAGCAGAUCACGACAAAACUCAGAGGGAAAUGCAAAAAGAGCUCAAGAUCAACUCGAUGAAGGCGUCCAAACUCGAAGCGCAGAUGCAAAAUUCUGUCCGACAGAGGGACAACUUUAAGAACCAGUUGGAAGGGCUGAGAGAAGACUACAAGAAGGGUAAGGAGGCGUAUAAUCUCCUGCAGCGCGAUUUCUUGGAGAGCCAAAAGAAGGCAGACAUCUACCGCGAAGAAUUCACCGCAAAGAACAAUCAGCUACAGAAACUGGAGAAUUCCAAUAAGGCUCUUCAGGGGAAACUAGACGCCCUAAAGCAAGACUUCUCAAAGAAUCAACUCUCCUCUGACAUCUAUGAUAGGCAGAAAGAAGCUCUGGAGCGUGACCUUCACGAGGCUGAGUGGAAAAUUAAUGAUCUAGUGGAAGCUAAUGAGGGUUUGUCGACACAAAGAGAUGAAAUGGAGAAAGAGCUGGCUCUGGUGAAAGCGCGCAUCCCCACUUUAGAAAAUAACUGUGAAAAGGCCAAUGAGAAAGCCAGUGAAAAUGAACAACACGUCAACCGUCUUCGUCAGCGAAUCGGUGACCUGGAGACUAAUUUGUUUUCCCUCCAAAACAAGAAUGUCCAGCUGGAAGCAAAUUGUCAGGAGUCCAUGGCGGAAGCACAGGAUCUCCAGAACCGGUGCGAACGGGCGAAUGAGCGCGUCGCAGAAUUAGAAUCUCAGGUGGAUCUCCUCGGGCGAGAAAAUGAAGACUUGAAGAGUCAGCUGGGACAUUCAGAGCGAAGAAUUUCUGAACUACGAGCAUCCUUGCAGCGAAACGAACAGGAGAACGAGGAGCUUGAAGUUUCCACUGCCGGAAUGAAGACCCAUUUGUCGAAGCUAGGCAGUCAACUGGACAAUAUUAGCAAGAGCAAAGCCCAGUUGAAGUCAGAGCUUGACGAAGAAAAGAGCAAAAUUGCCAGACUGCGCAAAGAUCUGGUCACAUCUCAAGCAUCCGCGGCUGAGUUUCAGCGGACUUCAGAGUGGUAUAAGAGAGAGGCGGCCUCCAAAGAUCGGACAAUAGACGAUCUCAGAGCCAACAUAGCAGCCAUGGAAGGAAAGAGCGAGCCAUUGUACGAAGAAAUCAACAAGCUUCAAACGCACAUGGAAAUCCUUGAAGAAGAGAAGAAAAGUCUCCACGGGGAAACGCUACAGUUCCAAAAAGCCCUCCGCGAGGUCGAGGCUGAUUUGGGUCUGGCCAAUGAAGAUAAAGAUCGCCUGAACGACGAGCUUCAAGAGUAUUACAAGAAGUCAUCUGAGCUUCAGGCCUCUUACAAGGUGUGUGAUCAAGAGCGAAUGGAAAACCAUCAACAAGUUUUGAUGCUUACCAAAAAGGUGGAACGCUUAGAGGCUGACUUGGCCGAGGCACUCAAAGAGAAGAACUGGUUGGAGACCGAGCUUGCUAACUACACCGGAAACAACCGCAAGAAUGUCGAGGAAGCGGACAUUGUCAAGACGCAGUUAGUAGAGGUGCAAAGCAUGAUGGAUGAUUAUCGCCGUGACGGAGCAGACAAGGAAUCCACUAUUGAGCAGCUUCGCGAGCAAGUCCUUUUCCUGACGAAAGAUUACGAUGAUCUCAAAGGAGAGCUCAACUACAACAAGUCGCUCGUGGACGACGUGGAAAGUGAUAAGCGGCGACUUCUAGAACAAGUCACAGCGUUAAGCGAGGAGUUAACCAGAGUUAAUUCAUUGCACGAUUCAGCCAAAAGAAGAGGUGACCAACUUGAAGUCGAUCACAGCAUUGUAGUCAAGAAGAUGAAUACCCUGGAAGCAACCUACAAGAAAGACAUUGACAAGAACGCGCGACGUGAGCUGGAGAUUGAGCGCAACAGAAAUGGAGAACUGGAGCGAGAUUUGUAUGCUUACCGUAAGAAGAUCGCGGAGACUGAAGCAGAAUUGCAAGCGGUAACGAAAGACAACCAAGAACUAGAAGAAGAGUUAGAUGAGGCAGAAGGAAGGAUAGGUAUACAGAACCAAGAGAUCGAAAGACUGACGCACGAUAAUACCGACUUGAGCCAGAGGCUUACCUCUGUGGACCAAAAGUUAAAAGAGAUGGACAACGAAGUGACAACUGCCAUGAGGCUUAAAGAUAAAGCAGAAGAAGACCUUUAUAACGCAAGAACCCGGGCAAAUAAACUCGAGUCCCAGGCGGAAAUUCUCCAGCGGCAAAAGCUACAGUUGAAAGAUCAGCUGGACGAAGUGAACGGCAANAAAAAAAAAAAAAAUAGACUGUUUGCCAACGAAUCAUACCAGAAAGGUGCGAUUAGGAAUUUACUGCGUCCAAAUGUGGCCGUGAGUCCGGCCAUGUCAGGUCAGUGA